AUGUACAUAGCAUCCAAAUCUAUCGUUGCAGGAGGGAAUAACGCUUAAAUGGCAUUUUGCGGUAACAAUUAUGAUUGUAUCCAAGCUUCGUUUUGCUGCAGCACUUAUUCUUGUGUUCAUCCUUCAGUGUGCUUGCAUGGAUAAAAGCUGCAUAAUGAUAACUGUGAUUACAAUUUUGAGUGCCUUAGUAGAUGCUGCAACGACAAUAAAUGCUCACAUUUCCUUAGAUGCUAUGAUAAAUGCCUGACAAAUGCUGAUUGCAAAAUGACUGGAUGUUGUUCUGAAUAAUAUUGUACCCAAGAUAUUGUAUGCGCUGGAAAUAAAGCAGCAGGAGAUAGUUGUGAUGAAGACAGAGAAUGCUUAUCUGAUUUUUGCUUCAACAAUUCUUGUACUUAAGAGAAGUACUUGUUUCCCAUUUGGAUUUGGGUAAUACUUGGAAUUACAUUUCUAACUUCAAUAAUCCUUAUGUUGUUGAUUGUUUAUCACAAAAAAAUGUGCUGUUUUAGAUAAAAAGUAGACAUUAGUCUAGCGUUAAAUAAUAUUGCUGAUAUGAAAAGUAAGAGAGAACCUCUUCUUGCUCCAAUCAGUGAUAUAGGCCAUGACAUAAUAGUUUAGAAUACUUCAAGAAAAUUCCUGUAUAAGAACCCAAAAAAAUUGAUACCUAAUGUGGCAAUAGAUUAAAAAUUUAAGGCUACUCCUAUACAGGAGGUAUUCUCAGAAAAUAAGUACCACACAUAUGACCCGCAAUCAAAAUCUGUCUAUCAUGAUGAGUCCCUUUCCAAUAUUUUUAACUCUUUUUGCGAUGACUAGUAGAAUAAUUUAAAAAAAUGGGAUGAUGUUUCAAAAUACUCUGUCAAAGAUUAAUUCAAUCCAGAAAUGAGAUUUAAAUCAAUGAGUGGCUCUAGAAAAUUGAAUUAAGAGGAAAGUAGUGGAACAGUUGAUUUACAAAUGACAAAGAGAAUGAUUUAGGAUGAGAAAUAUCACCGAGACUUGAUGGUUGAACAUAAAAAGGUGAAUAACAUGAAAACUAAAGAUAAUUCUAAUGACUUGAACUCUAGUGAUGAAGAAGAUUAAAAUGAGGAAGAUACCUUAAAUAAGAAUGAGAAGGAUAGCGCAGUAGAUUUAAACGAUAAAAUAUACAACAAGGAUUGUGGACAGAAUCGAAUGCCGCCAACUAAGGCAUAUUUCUAAGAGGACAAAUAUCACAUUUAGCAAUUUAAUAAGUAGGUGUUGGAAUAUUGUGAAAUUUAACCUCUAAAUAAAAAUAAAUCCAAAUCCAUAUUCAUUCACAAUGAUGAGAAUGAUAAUUAAAAGUAAGGAGAACUAUCUGAUGAAGAGGGAUAUCAUGAAAGUAGUGAAAGCGAUGGGAAAGCUUAAAGAAAGAAAAACAGUUGA